AAUCAUAUUGUAAAAAUAAAAACAUUUGAUUAUCCAUCCAUCCAUCAAUUUAUUGAAAUUGUUUUCUGACCUUUUUACUUUGACAUUAUUAGUGUUUCAUAUAUACAUAUUUUGAUGUUUCAGAAUAACAUAUGACUUAUAAAUGUUGGUAUAUCCAUUUUUAUACUAUACACCCGCCAUAGAGAAGAUGAGGAACUAACUUGACUGGUUGCAAGUCACCAUUAAAAAGGAGAAAAGAAGAAAAAGGUAAAUAUUGUAUUCUUCAUUUCAGGUAAGUGCACAAGGACAUUAAUGGAUUUAUUUAUGUGGUGUGUGAUUUCUUGAUGGAUGACGAUGACAUGUUUUUGAGUUGAUGACAUGGAGUAACAUUAUGUGGCUGCCUACGUCGCCACGCUGCUCAAUAAGUCCACGGAGUCCAAGAACAAUCUUCAUGUUUAAUAUUUUACAGCGCCGUAAAAGUUCAUCUACCACGCCUCAAACAGCAGCUUGCAAAUAUUUCUACACACAGCAACAUAAUGAGCGUCGCUGGAACACAAACCGAAGCGGAAGCCCGCCUGGAGGCCCUGCAGUGUCACUUCACGUGGAAGCUGCACGCCAGCAGAUCCAGACUGUUCUUGCUUAAGGACAAAGUGGAAGACAUCGGCACCGUGGAGGGAUACAGCUGGCUGGGUCACAUGUACAACUUGCAGGGUUUCAUACACCACCAGCUGGGCCUCACGCCGGAGGCCUUGCGUUACUUCCGCCGGGCUGCAGAGGCUCUGCGUCAGGUGAGGAACACCAUCUCAGAAGAAGGUCCCUGGCUUGUCAUAAACUACGGGAACCUGGCUUGGCUGCACCACCUCAUGGGAGAACAGGCGGAAAGUCAAUCGUAUCUGUCCAAGGUCCAGACCCUUCUGAUUGACCACCCUUCUCCGUGCCUUGAAGAACUCCAUCCAGAAAUCUGUGCCGAAAAGGCCUGGACCUUGAUGACGUUUGGGAAAGACAAGACCCCUCUGGUAGUGGAAUAUUUCCAGAGAGCCAUCAGGAUGCAGCCGGACGUGGUGGAGUGGCACUCCAGCCACGUUGUAGCUUUAGCCAGGACUUCCAAACGCUACAACGCGCGGCUGCAAGCUGACAUUUUGGAGAAAAUGGACAUCGCCGUCAAACAUGACCCGGACAACUUGUAUCUGGCGACGCUUCACCUCACAGCCCGCGCUGCCAAAGGCCGAAGAAUUGAAAGCGAGGCAUGCCGGCUGGCGAAGAAGGUUUUGGGAAAGCCCGCCAGCAGCUACAGCGGCAUCAAACCCUUACUUAAACUCUACAGAGUCCACCUGUCAAUGCAGGAAGCUCUGGACCUGGCGGAGGAAGCUGUUGAAAGACAUCCGGGCCACCGUUACCUGAAGAGGUGUGCCGCGAUCUGCUACAAAAAGAGAAUCCUUUUCUACAAGGACACUCCGCCGGAGCAAAACCUGAUGGACAGAGCCAUCAGCCUGCACGAGGAAGUCAUUUCCCUCUACCCUCAAUCUUCACUGAGAAGGAAAAUAACGCUGGCUAACAUUUGCGCCAAGUCUGCGCACGGCCAAGCUAAAGCCGACCGGAUAUUUGAGGACCUGCUGGAGGACAGUCAGGAAGCUGCAGACAGACAGAUGCUGUACAGCGCCUACGCUAAAUAUUUACACCUGACCAAGAGGCAGAGCUACAAGUCCAUAGAAUAUUACAUGAGGGCGGCCGCUAUUCAGCAUCCGUCGGUGUAUCGGGCAAAAAGCAUUCAGAUUCUGGAGAAAAUUAAGGCCAGGAAUAGAAACAGAAUGUGUGGCGAAAUCGACGAGCUUCUGGCCAACCUACGAGACUGAAAAGUUUGGCUUCAGGAUUAGGAGGUUAAGAUCUUUGCUCACAUACAGCAUGUUUUUUUAACACGAUUCAUCAUUUCAUGUUAUACUCCGCAGUAAUAAUGUUGCAACUGUUCUGCAAUGUAAAAAAAAGGUCAGUAGUCACAUGUCUUGUGAUCAUGUUCUGUUUGUUUUUGACUCCAUUAGUUCCUGUUUUUGGCACCCUGGUUUGUUUUAGUUUCCAUGACAACUCAUUAGUUUUACCUGCCUCAUUUGUUUGAACUCACGCACCUGUUGUUACUAUUUAAGCCUGUCAUUUUCUGUUGGUCGUUCUGGUGUCAUCUCUUUUGUUUUUCCUCCGUCCAUGCCAAUGUUCGUACUGAUGUUCAUUGCUCAUGCUGCUUUGCUCAUGUCACACUAAGUGUUGUUUGUUUUAUGUGCACAGUUUAUGUUUAAGUGUUAGUUUUGUUCCCUGCGUUAAGUUUUGUGCCUCCACUGUGAGUGCCUUUUGUUAGUAGCUUUUGAGUUAAUAUUAAAAUCAUGUAUUUACCUUCACGCCAUGUCCCGUCACCUUCCUUUGCAUUCCGGGAAAACAAACCCCACCACAAUACCCGUUUUGACAAGUAGAUAUUACAGUAAAAAAUGGCAGCUCAGUCGACAGUAUUUUAUUGUAAAAAUAACAAUGGUUUGUUUUUUCCAUUUACCGUAAUACACCGUAAAACCAACU